AUGGCCACCACUAUCUCGCACGAUCUUGCCUGGGAGGUUACCAAGGGACGCAGCUCCACGCUCGUCAAGAGGGCGAACGGUGUCCAGUUCUCGCGCGAUCCUCUUAACCUGAGGAACGUGUACAGCCGCAAGAACGAGGGCUCCAUUGCCAACAAGGCUAUCGGUGUUAUCCCCGGCCCCGAGGGUGGUGUCACUCUUCUCACCAAGAAGGCCGACAAGCACCACCAGCCCGCAUCUGCCAUCCAGACCACCACCUUCGGCCCCAGCAGGUCCACCCGCAAGACAUACUCCGCCAUCGUCAACUCUACCACCAAGCGCAACUACCGCCCCGACCUCCGCCAGGACGCCGUUGCUAAGGCCUCCGCCAUCCGCAAGAGCCAGAAGCCCGUCAAGGAGUCCAAGCCAGCCAAGGCCAGGGGUGCCAAGGCUCAGGCCGCUGCCACCGAGGCAUAG